GCGGGAAAAGCAUCGCUAAGCCCCGCCUCCCGCGGCGUCAAGCUCCACCCCCCGCGGUAGGAAGCCCCGCCCCCGUGGUUAGCGGCUGUGUCAUUGCGGCCGGGGGGCGGGGCCUCCGCUUCCUCCCCGGCGGGACUGGGACUGGCACCGGGGCGAGUCGUCGAGUCCUGCCCGGGGUGUCCCCGGCUGCCCCCGCCAUGCACGGCGCGCUCGCCAUCCCCGACGAGGUCUGCAGCCUCCUCGGAGAUGUUGACACAUUUAUUUCCCAAACACUAAAAGGAGAAAAUCUAUCCAAGAAAGCAAAAGAAAAAAGGGAAGUUCUUCUUAAGAAGAUCAAAGAUGUUAAGGCAAGAUAUCCUCAAGAAUUCCAGGAUAAAGAAUUGGAAGAUGAGGAACAGUCUGAGCUCUCUUUUUCUUCGCCUCCUGAUAGUGUCUCAAUAGCAUCUGAUCGAUAUGAUAAAGAGGAUGAAGCACCUUCUAAUGGGCAUCAGUUUCCUCUUAUUGCAGCUCAGGAUCUUCAGUUUGUUCUGAAAGCUGGAUACCUGGAAAAACGCAGAAAAGACCACAGUUUUCUUGGCUUUGAAUGGCAGAAGCGUUGGUGUGCUAUCAGUAAGACGGUCUUCUAUUACUAUGGAAGUGACAAAGACAAACAACAGAAAGGUGAAUUUGCCUUAGAGGGCUACACCAUCAGAAUGAAUAAUAGCCUUCGGAAGGAUGCAAAGAAAGAUUGCUGUUUUGAAAUCUCUGCUCCUGAUAAGCGCAUUUAUCAGUUUACAGCUGCCACUCCCGAAGAAGCAGAGGAAUGGGUACAGCAAGUCAAAUUUGUGAUUCAAGAUAUAGAAUCUAAUACUAUUCCUGAGGAAGAGGAUUAUGACGAUGUUUGCCAUGUGAGUGGUGAAUCAAUAGAUGAUAGCAUUUACGAAGAAGUUAAAGAAGAACAUAUUCCUUCAAAGGCUGAAGUGCCAAGAAAACUGAGCCAGGAGAAAGUUACCACUGUUUCAGAUAACAAAAAUACCGAUUACGCCAAUUUCUAUCAAGGUUUGUGGGACUGCACAGGAGAUGUACCUGAUGAGUUGACAUUUAAACGUGGUGACGUUAUCUACAUUCUCAGCAAGGAGUACAAUAGAUUUGGCUGGUGGGUAGGAGAAAUGAAGGGAACCAUUGGCUUGGUGCCUAAAGCCUACAUAAUGGAGAUGUAUGAUAUUUGAGAGGCCUGGGAGAAAUCUGCACUUGGGAGUGGUGUGCAGCUGCAGUUUACAGACCUGGCCUCUGAAAGAAGAAGAUUCUGCCGUACAUGUUCUGUGGUUUCAGUGAAUGUAGUCAGAUUGUUGCCUUGUGUAUAUUAAACAUUAAAAACUGUAACUGAUCAUAAUUCUGAGGAAAUGUUCUUCUUUGUCACUUUUUAUAGAAUUGUAAUGCUAAGAAAUGAAGUAGAGGGUAAUUAACAUAUGGGGCACAAACAGCCAAAUAGUGCCUGUUGCUUUUUCCUUAAGCAUACUAGCAGCACUCUGUAUAGCUAUGGGUUUGUGUUCUUUCAGGGAAUUUCCUCAGAUUUAGAAAAAUUAAGCUGAACUUUGAAAGUAGAAAACUAUUACUCAGUUUAUGUAUGCAUUAACCUUUUAAUACUCACUGUACAUUUUGUGCAGUUUCCUAGGAGAAUCAAGCAAAAUUUAUGUGUAAUAUUGCAAGUCUUCAGGGUAUUCUGUUUCCAAAUGUUCUUGUAUUUUGCUUUAGCCAAUGAUUUAUUUUUCUCAUAUAUUCAGUAUUGUAUUGUUAAUUAUUAUUUCGUUACCACAAAAUGAAGCCUUGGUUCUUUUGCUGAUGUAAUAAAUCAGCCUGUGUGGUAAUACUACCCUGAUACCAUUCUGAUUUGGAGAUAUGAGUGAUGUGAAAAUUUAUAAAAAAGAGAAUAUAUUAAACCCCACAAUUUUUGAUAAGUCAACAUGAGCUAAAUGGCAGGUAAGAGUGGUAAUGUGAAAUAUUUUCUCCAUACCUUACAGAUACCUUCACAAUAAAAUUCGAGUACCUUGUUGAUAGGUGGAAUUUCUGAUACAAGUUGUGUGCAGCAGACAUCUUCAGCUCUAUGUGGAUUAUUAAUAGCAAUCUGCAGUCUCAGUGUCAAAUCUGGCACUUUGUGACUAAAAGCAUCAGUUUUAACAUAAAAAAGUACACUAAAAUACUGUCACUUGUGGAGAAGGGGUUGGGCAAGUCAGAGUUAAUACUUUAAAUACUCUUGUUUUGGAGAUGGGCUUUGCUUUUAGCAUGCAAGAUCAACUUUUUUGAGUCCUCCCACACACUUGAUUUGUGAGACCCUUAAUCUGCCAACGAGGCAGGUCAAGCCAGUCUGCGAAUCGCUGAGCCUGUGCAGGUCCCCUUGUAGUUGCUUGUGCUGUUUACGCUUCAGGCGGGCCCUGGAAACACUGUGGGUUAAAAGGUAAUGUUAGUCUGAACUCAGAAUUAGAUCCUUUCGGUAAACUGAGAUGUUGUGCUUUAUGUUAGCUAAUGUAUGAUACUCGAUGGUACGCUGGAUUCUAAUAGGAGUCAGACAAGGUGCAGAGUCUUGCUGUAAUUUUUUAAAAAAGAAAUAGUCGUUGAAAUUGAUUCUGUACGUUAUCAGUGAAGCAUUAAAAUGAUAGAUUAUGCUCUUCA